CCUCCGGAGCGCAGGGCGGGGCGACGCCGCGCAGCAGCAGCUUCAUCCCCGCAGACCAACAUCGACCUCCUGCUCGUCUCCAGGCCGCGGGAUGGAUCCCGGAGCCCGGCCCGCUCCCCCUCUCUCCCAGCAGGUCCGGUCCGGGUGAAGCUGCGCAGGUAGAGGUGCGCGGCAGCCAAUCUGCCGCAGAGUGAGUGCGAACAGAGCGCAGCGGAGCGUGGGCCGCUGCGGCAGAAACAGCGCCAUUGUUUGGAUGCGCAGCAGACCGAGAGGCUGCAGGCCGGGGUGAGAGCCGCUCACAGCCCGGCAGCCAGCAUGCCCUCCCCGCUGAUCCUCACCCUCCUGCUGGGCUCGGUCCAGGUUUUGUCAGCGUUCCAGGUUUCCACGAACCAGGAAGGAUUGAUCGUGGCGACACUUGAGCCUGAGGACCUUCAGGAGAACAUCACAGCUUACGCGGUACAGAUCUCAGGAGAACCUCGCCUGGUCUUGGUUCCUUUCGUCAACACCAGUGAGCCUUUGCUGUUCAACGCUUCGUUCCAUGGCCUCUGCUACACAGUGGGGCUGGUGGUCAAACUGGGACAGAGCUGGUCCAGGCCCACAAAGAGUGUUCCUAUCCUUACAAAACCACUUCCUGUCCGCGCUGCUUACAUAUCGGACUACAAGGAGGCUCCAGAGACUGGCGUGGUGUUCGACAUCGACCCGCCGAUCAGAACGGUCUUCAGCCGAGUGAACAUCAGCUACACUGAAGGACAGGAACGUCGCUACAUGCUCUAUAAAGAUUUCUACAAAGGGAAGACGGUGUUCAAACACUGGUUACCGGGAAUGUGUUACCGGAACAUCACCUUCCAGCUCAUCUCUGAGGCCACCGUGUUCCAGACAGCGCUGGUCACCCACAGCGACAUCACUCACACACCACUGCAUCACCGCACAGUGCCCAAUCCCCCCCUCAACAUCUCCCAUAGGAUCAUCGCCCUGAGCCAGAGGACCUCAGAUCAGGUUGGUCACAUGGACAGAGGCCAGAGGUCCUCUCGCCAGGCCCGGGACGUCCCGCUGCUGGAGGAGCACCAGGAACUGCUUUUAGAGGAAGAGGAAACAACAUCUCAAGUUCCUACCAACACAACUCAAAACCUGGGAGAAAGUGAGCCUGUCAACGUAAACGCGAACCUGACAGAGGAGGCGGAGUCUCCGAGUUACUGGCUCGACCCAACGGAGAUAUCACCAUCUGACAGGGAUGAGGAAUUCGUUAACGCGGUGGUGUCUGAGUACGAGGACUCCAACGAGCCAGGGUCAGCCAUGGCGGUCCCUGUCGAGGUCCCCGUUCUGCCCACCAAGUUGCCUCCCAUCUUGCUCGAGCUACGUUGGCUUCCUCCCAGACCUCCAACCUCCUUUGAUGGCUUCUUCAUCUACAUCUACAAAGAUGGGAACUCCACAGAGACGGCGUCUGUGGACGAGAACACGCAUGAGUUCUUCACCGAGCUGACGGAACCAGGAACGUACCGUGUGCAGGUCACCACGCUGAGUAAUUCUGGAGACUGUGAGGCCCGGGAGAGCAGCACCGACACCGGCUUCACCUUCUACCUCAGUCCCAGCGGCGAGUUGCUGGAGGAGCUGCAGGAACGUCCUCAGGGUGUCAGCGUCAGACUGCUGGACUCCAGCACCGCCGCCGUCUCCUGGUCUCCAUCCUCUGAGAACCAUAAUGGCAGCCUGGUGUCAGUGGUUUCAACCACCUGCCUGAAACCCAGCCUCAGCCAGAGGAUGGAGAAUGCCUACUGCAGCGAGGAAAACACAACUAGUGACAUCAUCAGCAACCUGACACCUGGUGCUCAGUACAGAGUGGUCGUUUAUCACACCAACGGUCCUCUGAUCAGUCCUCCAUCCGAACCCGUCAUCAUCGACAUCGAGCCCACAGGUGUACGAGAGCUGACCGUUUAUCCUUUGAGUCCAACAGCUGUGAUCCUCAGCUGGCAGCGCCCAUACCAUGUGGCCUUCAGAAAGUACAUCCUGCAGACCUUCUUUUUUAAUCCUGUCACACUGGCAUCUGAGUGGACAACGUACUACGAGAUUGCUGCUACUGCUUCUGUGAUCGCCACCGUGAGGGUCAGUGACCUGCUGCCCGCCUGGUAUUAUAACUUCAGAGUCUCCAUGGUAACAUGGGGGGAUCCUCCGCUCACCUGCUGCGAUGGCUCAACAGUCAACUUUGUGACAGCUCCUGAAGCUCCUCACAUCUCCUCAGUGGAUUACCAUCAGGGGGUUCUGUUCGUCCGCUGGACGUACGGCGAGCUCUUCAUCGACCUGUCUCACUCCAGGAUGCUGCACUGGCAGGUGGUGGCUGUGGGAAAGAAGGGACCUGAGAAGAUCUACUCUGUGGAUGUGACCCGUAACGCCAUGCGGGCCAGCCUCCCGCUGCCUCCAGGAGACAUCUACAACCUGACGGUGACGGCGUGCACAGAGCGGAGCAGGAACACGUCUGUUCCUAACAUCAUCAAGCUGGAGCCGGCUCCUCCCCGCUCGCUGUUCGCCGUCAACGCCACACACUCGUCUGUGACUCUGCUGUGGACCGAGGAGGGGGUGGUGGACUACUACCAGGUUCUCUGCAGACCCAACGGCCCUGGCAAGGAGUUGAAGGCCACCGAGCCGAUCACGUCCACCUCUCACGUCCUGACGGUCUCUGGUCUGGUUCCGUCGUCCAGCUACAACUGCACCGUGACCAGCUUCAGCUACAGCACGCCGAGUCGCCCGGCUCGGAUCACCGUCAGCACUGCGGCCAAAGAGAUGAAUCCGAGCAUGGCGGCCAUUUCGGCUCUGGCCAUCCUCAGUAUCCUCCUCAUCAGCCUGCUGGUUCUCUUCCUUUUGGUCCUCCGCAAGAAGCACCUGCAGAUGACCAGAGACUGCGGCGCUGAGACCUUUGUUAACUUCGCGUCGUUUGAGCGAGAUGGGAAGCUUCCCUACAACUGGCGAAGAAGCCUCUUUGCCUUCCUUACCCUCCUGCCAUCCUGCCUUUGGACUGACUAUCUUUUGGCUUUUUAUAUUAAUCCGUGGAGCAAGACGGCUUUAAAGAAACGGAAGCUAACAAGCCCUGUGCAGCUGGACGACUUUGAGGCCUUCUACAAGGACAUGAGCAAGGACUCGGCCUACAAGUUCUCUCUGCAGUUUGAGGAGCUGAAGAGCGUCGGCCUGGACGUGUCCCAUGACGCUGCAGACCUGCCCAUCAACCGGCCCAAGAACCGGUACACAAACAUCCUGCCCUAUGACUUCAGCCGAGUGAAGCUGAUCUCCAUGCACAACGACGAAGGGGCUGACUACAUCAACGCCAACUACAUCCCAGGAUACCGACAUUCCAAGGAGUACAUCGCCACCCAGGGCCCGCUGCCCGAGACCCGCAACGACUUCUGGAAGAUGGUUCUGCAGCAGAAAUGCCCGAUCAUCGUCAUGCUGACACAAUGCAACGAGCGCCGAAGGGUGAAAUGCGAUCAUUACUGGCCGUUCACAGACGAGCCGGUGAUGUACGGUGACAUCAGCGUGGAGAUGCUUUCUGAGGAAGGCUCUCCGGAGUGGAUCAUCCGGAAGUUUCGACUCGGAUACGCGGACGAGACUCUGGACGUCCUCCAUCUGAACUACACCUCGUGGCCGGAUCACGGCGUUCCCACCGUCAACGCCAUCGAGAGCAUCCUGCAGUUUGUGCACAUCGUACGGCAGCAGGCUAACAGGACCAAAGAUCCAAUAGUCGUCCAUUGCAGCGCCGGCGUCGGCAGAACCGGGACCUUCAUCGCUAUGGAUCGCCUCAUGCAGCACAUCCGAGAGCACGAGUUCGUGGACAUCCUGGGCAUGGUGUCAGAGAUGAGAUCCCAUCGACUCUCCAUGGUCCAGACUGAGGAGCAGUACGUCUUCAUCCACCAGUGCGUCCUCCUGAUGUGGCAGAAGAAGAAACAGCAGUCCAUCACCUCUGAUGUCAUCUACGAAAAUGCCAGCAAGACAUAAUGAGACGCCUCCAGACGCUGUGAACUCUUCAGCACCGGCUGUGCUUCAGGCAUCCAUUCUCUGUAGAAGUCGACCCGCUUCAUCAUCAGAAUCAGCAACACGACAGAGAAAACUUUUCAUUUGAGUUGAUGGAGUUCUGCCUUAAGGAGCUUUCACUGACUGACCUUCGAUGUUGGACUGAAAACCCAUCCAGGCUGUUCUGCAGCUACCACCAAACUCCUCUGUGGGUUUCAGGCCGGCGAGUUUUUCCAUUAAAUCUAGUUUUUUUUUUCUUUUUUCUUUUUUUCUCAGGAUUUGCUGGAAAACCAGCGAGCACACUGACCUCUUUGCUUUGGUCCGAUUUUGGUUCUGCUUCACUCACUGUUGGCAGAGAGCAGCUUAUAGGACAUAGAAGGUGUUGAUUGUACACUGCCGUUAGAACUGAUCCCAGAACCGACUGCCAGGCUCAACAGAACCGACCCGAACCAAGCAGUCAACCAGCAGGAGAACUCAUUAGAUCAAGCCCAGCCCAGAGAUCUGGGCCAGAACCCCCAACAAAGGAUCAGCUGUCUGGAUGUUUGCUGGGAACUGGAAGGUACCAGUC